AUGACAUCGUUGCGCAGCCCAAGUCAGAUGAGCUGCCAGUUCCCCUCGGCGAGGCUUCUAGCUCUCGUCCCCUGUCACCAGUGGGGGCGCAGCUGGGUUCCCCUUCGUCUGGCCAUCAGUCUUCGUCUCCCCAGACUCCAGACGUUCGUCGCCCUGCGCCUCCGUCCACUACUACCUCCCCGACAGAGUUGCCCACACCGGUCGCUGCUGCACCUCGACGUGGUGAUCGUGAGCGCAGGUCCCCACGACACCUAG